AUGCGUUUCACCGCUGUCCUCCUCGGCGCCCUCGCCACCCUCGCCGUCGCCCAGUCCUCGAGCAGCAGCAGCGGCACCGCCACCACCGCCGUCCAGAACACCCAGACGGCCGCCGACCCGGCCCAGAGCUCCGCCUACGAGAAGGUCCUCAAGUGCAUCGCCGCCUGCAACCCCGGCGACGUCAACUGCCAGGCCAAGUGCUCGGGUAACCCCUUCCCCAACGAGUCCCAGGUCAACGCCACGACCGAGUGCGUCGCCGCCUGCCCCAAGGGCGACGGCAAGGACGUCGCCGCCGACACGGCCGCGUUCGCCGCCUGCCGCGACAAGUGCAUCGCCGACCACUACCUGACCAACUCGGCCGCCCCGCAGCCCACCGGCAACUCUGGCUCCGGCUCCGGCUCCGGCAACUCGGGCUCGCAGACGACUGGCGGCGCCGGCGGCGCCCAGACCACGGGCGGCUCCAGCGGCGGCAGCAACACCAGCGGCGGCAGCGGCAGCGGCGGCGGCUCGCAGACGAGCUCGGGCGCUGCGACCAAGCCUACGAACGCGGCUGGCAGCGUGCACGUCAGCGGCGCGGCGGUCGCGGCCGUGGGCUUCCUGGCUGCUGUUGCUGCUUUGUAA